AACCAGCUCGUCGUCGCUGCCUGUGCUGUCCUCGACCAGCUCCUCAUCGCUUUCGCCGCCGACGUCGCCGUUCCCGUUACCGCCGUCGACUCUCCGUACCGCAAGACCGCCCGCAUCCGCCACCGCGCGACCCUCACGCCCCACGCCCCCAACAGCCUAGAAGGAUACGAUGGCCGAACUCCGCAGGAAGCUUGUCAUUGUCGGUGAUGGUGCUUGUGGAAAGACAUGUUUGCUUAUCGUCUUCUCCAAAGGCACCUUCCCUGAGGUGUACGUCCCGACCGUUUUCGAGAACUACGUCGCGGACGUAGAGGUCGACGGCAAGCACGUUGAGCUGGCGCUCUGGGAUACCGCCGGGCAGGAAGACUACGAUCGUCUCCGUCCCCUCUCAUACCCGGACUCUCAUGUCAUCCUCAUCUGUUUCGCGGUCGACUCGCCCGACUCUUUGGACAACGUGCAGGAGAAGUGGUACUCCGAAGUCACGCACUUCUGCAAUGGCCUCCCCAUCAUUCUCGUUGGACUGAAGAAGGAUCUUCGCCGUGACCCUCGUGUCAUCGAGGAGCUCCGGCGCACGAACCAGCGGCCGGUUACCCCUGAGGAGGGUAUGGCCGUCGCUCAGAAGAUCAACGCGAAGCACUACCUCGAGUGCUCAGCCAAGACCGGCGAGGGCGUGCGCGAGGUUUUCCAGUACGCGACGCGCGCGGCGCUGACGAGCCGACCGGGCAAGAGCAAGAAGUCUGGCUGCACCGUCCUCUAAGGUGCCGCGCAUCGGUGCCGUCGCGACGGAGAGCUGGUCAUGAGAGGCGUAGCUAACGUAUGUGUACGCGUCUUUUACGCCUUCCCUUUCCCCGCCCCCAAGGAUGCUUUUGUUUUCGGAUCACGUAUGUAUGGUACUGGCUUAAUGCGUUGUUGGCAGCGCGGUGGGAGUGCAGUGUGUGGACUGGGCGCGCGGUGGAUGGGAGGUACGGUCCCGGGCGGCUUGCAGCAUCGUCCGCGUUCGUGUCCUUGCUCUGUCUGCCGCUGUCGUACAUGGUACAUGCUAUCCACUCAUCGCGGACGACGGCCAUUCAAGCUUCUCUCUACUUUCCUUCCUCAUUUAUCCUCCUCAUCCACGAUACGUACAUCUGCCAUACCCUCGAUACAGAUAUAUUGAAUGCCCCUCAGCGAUUCUUUUGACCCCGAGAUGACCGUGUUAUGUGCUUGUGAAUGAUUUGACUUUGCUUUGCUGCUGCGUGUGGUGCGAC